CCGCGAUGGAGGGCGGGCCCGGGCGGCGCGGGGCUGCUCGCCCUCUCCCCCUUUCCUUUUUUUUUUUUUUUUCUUUUCACCCUUUUUUCCUUUUCCUAUAUUUUUUUCUUCAGCCGCCCUCCCACCUUUCCCCCUUUUCUUGAAUGAACCGUGAGGCGGAGCUCUAGCAACCCACCGCGGCCGGAGCCUCCCCCCCACGGGGCUCCGCUCCUCCCCGCCUCUCCCCGCCCCCGCUGCGCUCCGCUCCCCCUUCACCCCCCUCCUUUACCCCCCCCCCCCCCCCCCCCCCAGCCUCCCGGAGCCUCCCGGAGCCGCCGCCGGCAGCAGCAGCAGCGCGGAGCGCCCGGAGGAGCCGCCCGGAGCCUUGCGCGGAGCUUGCGCCGAGGUUGCGCCGAGGUUGCGCGGAGGCUGCGCGGGCGGGCGGGCGGCCGGGCAGCGGUGCCCAGCGGUGCCCAUCGGCGGCGGUCGCGGCCCGUCCGCGCCCCUCGUCGCCUUCUCCUUCCUCCUCGGGUACAAAAGCUGCUGGGGAAAUGGCAUUAUUUCUGCCCGGGGCCACGCUCGCGAGCCGCUCGCCUCUUUUUUUAAAAAAGCAAAACCGCCCUACGCUCCUCCUGGUGAAAAAGAAUUGAUUUCUUUUUUUUUUUUUUUUUAAAAAAAAAAACAUAUUUUCUCUUAUUUUUUAUUUUUUUAUGUGUGCGUGUGUGUGUGUGGAAGCGCUGGGCUCCUGCGAUCGGUGUCUGAAUGAAACUACGUAAAUGCAUAUGCCCGUACGUUGCACUGGAGGGAAAAACGGAGCACUUCUGCGAGAGCCUGCCUUCAAAUGUGCUUCAGCUGGUCUCCAGGAUUUUCCGUCUCUCCGGGGCUGUUCGCCUCCCUGGGCUCCGAGGCGGGAUUUUCUGAGCUUUGACAGAUCUCCGGAGAUGCCUGUUUAAACGGGAGUCUGGGAAAAAACAUUGGAAAUCGUAGCGAUCCUGUUUUUUUUUGCCCCUUUCCCAUCCCCUCGGUGACUUGAAGCAUCAAAGCGGCCGGAGCUUAACGUUUCUGAAGACUUGGCGAUGUUUGGGUUUUGUCGUUGCUAUUUUUUUUUUUAGAGGAAACUUGACAGAGGAACAUAUUUAUAGUCCCAAGUAAGUACUUUACAGAGGAAAUUUAGUUUGUGUAACUUAAAAGAGCGGUGUCGAGGUUUCUAGCUUAAAGGGCAUUGGAUUAACGUUCAUCCAAGGCUGCUUAGCAGAUCGCGUUGAAUUGCAGCUUUGACGGUGUGCGUUCGCCCGCUCCUCCGUGUCCCCGGUAGCUCGGCACCUAGGGGAAAAUGCACCUGAUUUUGAAUAAGUAUAAUAUUUUUUAAAAUGUGUCUCAGCACCAAGGAGGAAGUGUUUUCUAAAGUAGGUUUAUAAUAAGUAAUAAAUGUGCGUCUGGAAGUAAAGUAUUUACAGCGUUUUUUAACCCGUAUUUAUACCGUGCAUCUCAAAGCGAGGAGGCAACACUGAGAAGACAAACGUACCUCCGAGACCCUGGGAACUCCCCCACGUCACCAUGAAUGAAACCGUGCCCGAUACCGUAACUGGAUUAUAAUUUUUGGUGUUAUUAAAUUUAUUAUUAUUGGCUGCUUUACUUUUUUGGGUUCAUCCUGCUCCUCUUCUUCCUCUCUCCCUUCCUCUUGCUGCUCCCUCUCGGAAAUCAUGGCUCAUCCCGGGAGAAGAGGCUACGAUAACCGGGAGAUAGUGCUGAAGUACAUCCACUAUAAACUCUCGCAGAGGGGAUACGACUGGGCUGCCGGCGAGGACAGGGCGCCCGCGCCUACGGCUCUCGCUCCUGCUGCUGCUGCGGUUGCUGCUGCUGGGACUCCUUCCCGCCACCGCCCUGCCGGGCUGCUGUCCCCGCACCCCGAGCCCCCCGGCUCGGCUGCUGCUAGCGAGGCGCCCCCGGGCGAGGGGCUGCGCCCCGCGCCCCCCGUGGUCCACCUUGCCCUGCGCCAGGCCGGGGACGAGUUCUCCCGCCGCUACCAGCGGGACUUCGCCCAGAUGUCCGGCCAGCUGCACCUGACGCCUUUCACGGCCAGAGGCCGCUUCGUGGCCGUGGUGGAGGAGCUCUUCCGAGACGGGGUGAACUGGGGCCGGAUCGUGGCCUUCUUCGAGUUCGGCGGCGUGAUGUGUGUCGAGAGCGUCAACCGGGAGAUGUCUCCCCUGGUGGACAGCAUCGCCGCCUGGAUGACCGAGUACCUGAACCGGCACCUGCACAACUGGAUCCAGGACAACGGAGGCUGGGAUGCCUUUGUGGAGUUGUAUGGCAACAGUAUGAGGCCUUUGUUCGAUUUCUCCUGGAUCUCUCUGAAGACUAUCCUGAGUUUGGUUCUGGUGGGAGCUUGCAUCACUCUUGGCGCUUAUCUCGGACAUAAGUAGAGUCACCCAGUUUAUCGUGGAUUACAAAAGUCUUUCAAAACAGCAAAAUAAUAUUUUUUUUCUGUAGCACAAUGGUAUUUUAUGAGCAAAACAACUUCCUGGCUAAAGAUUAAAUCAGCUAUUACUGCCAAAGGAAAUAUCAUUUAUUUUUACAUUGCAGGAAAAUUAUUUAUUAAAAGAUAUUUACAUUUUAACCUGCUAUUCUCAGAAACUCUGCAAGUUGUAUCUGUCAUCACAUCAUGUUGUUAUUCUUACCUUUAAUGAGCCCCAUUGUCUUUUAGGUUCUUUUUUUUUUUAAUUAAUGCAGCUGGCUGGAUUAUUUUAUCUCUGAAGAGCAAAUAUACUGACAAAGACCUACCUGCUUACACUUAGGAAGGCAGUUACUUGAGCUGCUAAAGGCUGCGUAAUUGUGUUGAUUUUCCUAGCAUUUUUUUGGAUGGCUGGGAGGGAUCUGAAAGAAAAGGUCAGUGUGAACGAAGUUCUAACCCUGUCCUGCCAGCAAGAACUGACGGAGUAAACAGUUCAACAUGGUACAUACGUGCAGUCAAAAUGGCAACUUCUUGAAGGACACUUGGCUAUCCCUACAGUUUGAAAUAUGAUUGCCUAUGCCUUGUAAACAUGCGUUUUCAAGUUACCAGUCGUGCCAUCACAUCAUAGUCAUACUAGUAUCAUCCAAUACCCUAAUGUGUGUCAACUGAAAUAAUUUUUAAUAGAAGUGUGAAGUUAAAUCUUUGGGGCUUGCAGGAAAUUACUGUUCCAAUGAUUUUCUCAGCAGUAAAACAUUUUCAUGGCUAUUGACACAGAAACAUCAGGAGACCUUAAGUGCCUGCUUCGACAGAGCAGAGCUGGAGUCUGAAGACCUGACCUGUGUCCCACUUCAGUGGGCUCGUAUCUGCAACUAAUCCUGUUUACUUACGGAGCUCCUCCAGGGGUUUGAAACCAAUUAAAUGUGGUUCUCUAAGUCCCUGAAAGUUGAAAAAGAUUUUAAUUUUAUUCGGCAAGAAACAGACCUCAGCUGAGUUACAAAUUAGCUCUGACUAUCCUUGUUUAUCAAACUGGACACCAAAAUCAAGCUCAUUUUCAUAACAAAAAAAAAAAGAACGUGAGCUUUAUCCUCCUGCCCCUCACCCCCAAAAUUAUUUCAUGGUAAUAAAUUCCUAAGACUGUCUACAGAAGAAAGGAUGACGAAGAAACUCCAACUCCUCUAUCUGGACAGAGACUCUCUGACACCUCGGUCGCACAGGUGCCUACUGUCAUUUCAAGCGAAAACAGGGUGGGGGAAAAGGGGAGGGUGAAGUCAUCUGCCCCUAUUUUAAAUGCAACUCAAGUACAAUUAAUGCAGACUACUUGAUAUACAGUUUUAUAAACAGACCUGUGUUCUGAGACCAGACGUGUCGAUAUAUGUCAGAGCGGGGCUUUUCCAUGUGCUCGGAGGGGUCCAGAAUUGCUGAGGAAGCAGAAGAAUCCGAGUGUGUCGCACGGACUGCUCUGAGUAAUGGAAAUCUCCGUCUCCAAUCAAGCGCUCCUAUUUUUUCUAUGAAACUUUUGAAGUCUGGGAUUUGUGGGUAAAUGGACAUCCAGAGAGAGAAAGAAAAGGUUGCAAAGCUCUGAAUAAAACGUACCGUACAAUACAGAAGUGCUAUAAGGCUGAAAAAAUGCAGUGAAUAAACUGUAGAUUCAACCUCAAGAUUUCAGUUGGAUAACUUUGUGGCAUUAUAUGCAAAAUAGCUCCAUUAACUUGGGAAUGUAAUAUGUUCAAUGUUAAGGCUGUAGUCGAUGUUGUGUCUUCAAAGCUGCUUUUUUGUUUGUUUGUUUGUUUUUAAGAGUUGUACAUCUCAGCAUUUUUACUGCUACUUAGUCAUGGCACCUACACUUCGUAUGAGCAAAGACAGAAUGAGCUUACUUUUCAAAUUUGAAAUUACUUUUAAUUUUAUAGAAGCAUAUAAAGGAAAUGUUUCUAAGAACACAAAAAUGUGAUCUAAACUAGGCUUGAUUUUAAAAAAACAGCAUCAAAACAGAAACACCUGCAAUGUUUUUAGAGUGCUUCUGUCAGAAGUGAGCGUAUACAUGCAGGAUUCAUAUGAAAAACAUUCUAAAUGAGAGCAACCAAGUAUUGCGGAUUGAGUGUGGGCUUUGUAUUUUUUCAGCUACAAAGCUGAAUUUGUUUGAAGCCAAUUUCCAAACUGGAAUUGGCUGGUAUCGAGCUAAUGUUUCAUUUCACAAUCUAGUCUUCGUUUCAAUUUGUGCCCAUACGCCCAUUAAAGUUCAUGAACUAUUAGACCUCAAAUUGUUUCAAUAUUGUUUAUUUUAUUAAAGGUUUACAUUGUCAAAAGUAAUAAAAGAGUAACUAUCAAUUCCAGUGCUGCUAUACUACAAGGAUAAUUUGAAUGGCUUUUAUUUUUAAUACCUUCCAAUGGCAAAAGUUUUUUAAAGCUGCUUUAGAAAUAAUAUGAAGAAGACACAUGAUACACAUUUAAAUGAAUAUUGAGGAUUUUGUGUUCUGUUGUGUCUACUCACUGGACUUUCCAGUGUACUAGUUAAUACCAGGCAAAAAGAAGAGUUGUGAUGACUGUUGAUGAUUUUAUUUUAUUAAAGAGCUAAUGGAAUUUUCCCAUCCUGACUGCAGAAUAGUACAGUAUUGUGGCUGCAUUAGCUAUAACGGUAGUUGGUAAUACAUUUAUUAAGAAUCAUAGUAGAAACAUUGAAUGUAUAUAAAAGCUUGAACUUCUUUAAUAAAAUCCUCUCCUCUCACUUACGCAUUUCUUUUGCAAUAAUUCCUGUCUUUCCUAUUCUUCAUUACACUGUCACAUAGAAUUUUGUUCCACAAAAUGCCUUACAGACUUUCAUGCUCCAAGACUACACUUCAGUGAAAAUCCAUCCUCUGUCACUACGCAAACACACAUAGCUGGUCACUCCCUGUGUACCCGAGUUGUCAAAGCAAAAGUUAAAAAAGGAGGGACACUUCUGAAGUUGGUUAGGCGUGGAAGAUCAGAGGACAACAUAGGAAGAGUUCAAGAAGUAGAGGGAAUCAGAAAGCUCACUGAAAUAUCUCCCUGGUUAAAGAUGACUGUUAAAUGGAAUUUGUUCAUCUUUCAUUCUUUCCCUUGAAAAAGGAUGAUACAAAGGCAGACUAACCGAUUACAGAGACCCCAUGAUUAUUCUUCACAGUAAAACUUAAUUCUGAAGGCAUUCUUUUGCAAAACAGAAAAUCCUUAGGAAUUUGAGAGAAAUACUUGAUUUGGCUGUAUUUAAUUUAUUUGUCAUUAAUUCCUUUUCACUCCAUUUAUUAAGAAAAUAAUGAAGGAAAAUAUUUAGCUUCUGAAAUAAAAUAUCUCUACAAUCACCUAAGAUCUGUUACAGAUCAGUAACUUAGGAACAAAUGGAAAAACAAGAAAAAAAAUCUGCAAGCAUUCUGAAAUCAGAGCUGACACAAAGGAAAUUUCUCAAUAGAACAAGCACUGGAUCCAACAAAGGAGGAGUGAGGCUGUGGAGGUAACAGAAUAUACAGAUAAGGAAGGGGGCUGGAAGAUAUGGAGAAUGACACUGGUAUGUAAGAAAAUCUCAAGUUUCAGAUGAUGCAGGAGUGCACCCAAGGUGGUCUGAAAAAUAGCUUUUAACUAAAACUGGAUACAAAGUCAUGCACUACAACAUGACUAUAAUUACUAAAAUUUUUCAAUCGCAAUUUUUUUUAAAAAGUAUUAUAAAAUUAUCCAAUCAUUACAAACCUUCAUUGGUUUGCUGUUAUGAUUUGAGACUACGCAGUCUGAGUAGGGUUGCACUAAUAAAGAACAAUUAUGAAAAAAAAAAAGUUUCUUUGAAAGCAGAUGUGCAAAGGAAACAUUGAUGUGGUACAGUUCAAAGAAUACAGACCCAGGACACCCCAGCCUUGCAUGCACACAGUCUCCCUAGCUCAGUCAGUGGGAUUCAGAUAUAUAUAAGGUCUGCAUGCUUUGACCCUGAAGCAUGACACUGUGCUUAGCUGUGCACCUGCAUUCAACUUCACAAACCUAGAGGUCCUAUUAAUUAAAAGUGUAGUGAAGUAGCAUGUUUAAAGCCUGUCUUUUCUUCCUCUGUCUUUAAACAAGCUAGCAAAAUGAUUCAUUUGUAUUAUGAGUUAAUGGCUCAGUACUAAACGAAAAAUUAAACAUCUUUUGAUUUAUAAGCAUAAAAAUUCUUUCUCAUUGCAAAAGCCCAGCUUUGUUUUUCAUUCCUCUCUCUCUUUCAAACCAGGCUACACAAAAAGAAGACAAAAGAGCCAAUUUAAUCUGUAUUUGUUUUAAAUCACACUCGUAUACUAAGUUAAUGCAGCUUCAUCACAUGAUGAAAUCUUUCUCACCAAGUUAUACAGCAUUAAAAAUUCCACACAGAACUAUAUAUUUUUAUAAUUUAAGUAGCAUAUUUUUUUUCUUUUUCUUCUGAAUAUUUGAAUUUUAAUUAUCACCAGCAUAAAUGUACAUAAGCAGAUAUCGUUUACCCAGUACCUUUGGAUGAUGUAUGUAUGGUAAUGUAGUUUGUCAGUUUAUCAUCAUUUAAUAUGAUUAUGUUGUUCUUUGUCUUUAAAAUGUUAUAACAACAUGCUGCCAUUAAACUUUCCAUGUCUGUCUAGUUAAUAUUGUGAAAAAAUAAUAAAGCACACUGUGAGUUA